CGCGUGGCCACGGUCAGCAGUGGCACUAUCCUCUGCCUCUAAGACACCCCAGAGUCAGUGUGUUGUUCGGCUCGCGGUACCGCGCACCGUCAAAUAUUUUUCAUCUUAUUCAAGGUUCUCGGUAGCAACGUUUCUCUCUCCCCGUGAAAAAAGAUCAAUGAUUUUUAUUUUUUGCUUUCUUUCUAUAAUGCUGUGUUUUUAAUAUGAAAUAUGUGUUUUUUUGUGUGUCCCCAUGGUUCGUGGAAUUUUCUUUUGCUCAGCAGUCGUAUUCCCUUGACGUCGUGACGUGUUUUUCGACGGAAUAAAAUUUAUCGUGGGAAGAUUUUUUUUAUAAAUGGUGCUCGAAAAAAUGAACUGGAUCAUGAAGAAAUACCAAUGGAAGGUGUUUAUUAACGAAGAAUGACGGAAAGUUGAAUGAACGCCAGUCCUUGUGGGAAUGUGAUUUCAUAUUCGAGGAAAAUUGCUGAGUUGUUGAAAAAAGGGAUCAAAGUUGAUUGAAAAUUUGUCACAGAGUACUUGAUUGUGGGUUGAGUUUGAUACGAAGAAAAGAAUUGCGUUUAUUCUAAUUGCUGAAUCCCGGUGACAAAGCAAAUAAACGAAAACGUUUUGCCUUUUUUAUUUCGUGCCUACGGAAAGUUUUCCCACUAAAUAACGCUUGACCUCCGCUGUGAAUCAAAUCAGUAUGGAGGAGGACGACGAUAAAGUGUGCCCAUUGGGUGGGUUCAUUAAGCAACAGCAAAUUAGAACCAAGCUCGAGCACCAACAGCAGCAAAAACAAAUCCAAAACAUAGCAGCCCUGGAAGCAGCCGAAUCGAUCCGACCGACUCAGCUCGUAUCCAACGCCUUCUCCGAUGUCGAACUGAAAUCCGACCAACUGAUGGAAAACGUUCGACUUUAUGGAAAUUUUGCAGCAGCAACAAGUGUGAAUAGAAACGCAAGCGUACAAUCACUUCAAUCGGUACUGACUUCGUCAUCUGCGUCGUCGAUGUCCUCGGCGGUAUCCUCGAGCAGCAAGACCAAGUUCCACAGUUUUCUGCAGAGCAGCGCCGCGGCAACGACGCAACAUAGUCUUUCAUCAAACUUUUCCAGUUUGGGAACUUCUGCUUCUGCUUCCGAUUUCCACCAGGCCCUAGUCGCUUCGGCUACGAAGUCCUCGCUAGCAAGCUCUGUGUCUACAGCGUCUCUGCCGGUGACCGGAUCUCAGCUUGUUAUAUCGCCGAGUUUUGGCAAAAUGCUUGGUGAAAUGGAGGCAAAUAGCGAGUUCAAAAUGAAGAAAAGUCUCCAAAUGAAUCGCAAAAUAUCCAUCCUAAGUCCCGGCCACUUGAGCAUCCGAAGUGAACAGUCCAAAGAAGAACGAACAUCUUGUUACAUAAACGCUGAAAUGUUGGACUUCGAUGUCGAAAAUGGCCAAGGUUCACGUUCACCGCUGGAAGGUGGAUCACCAGCAGCCGCCGCUGCCGCCGGUUUGGUACUGCAGAAUCUACCUCAACGAAGGGAAUCUUUCCUGUAUCGGUCCGAUUCGGAUUUCGAGAUGUCGCCGAAGUCGAUGUCUCGAAACUCCAGCAUCGCCAGCGAAAGAACUGAUAAAUUUUCUAGACUCAAAGAAGUGGAGGCGCCAACGAUCACUAGUACAGAAAGGACACAUAUGGAAGAUCUCAUCGUUACACCAUUUGCGCAAAUUCUGGCAAGCCUACGUUCGGUACGAUCGAACCUCUACAGCUUGACAAAUGUUACGCCGCCCAAAUCAAAACGAAACAAUGUUCAAGUGACACCAAUCCCGAAGGCACACACUCCCGGGGACGAGUCGUAUGUGAAGCUGGCUUUGGAUACGGUCGACGAGCUGGAUUGGUGUCUGGAUCAGCUCGAGACGGUGCAGACGCAUCGCAGUGUUUCCGACAUGGCAUCCCUGAAGUUCAAACGGAUGCUCAACAAAGAAUUGUCACAUCUUAGCGAAUCAAGCAAAUCCGGCAACCAAAUCUCCGAGUAUAUUUGUUCAACGUUUUUAGACAAACAGCAAGAGGUGGACAUACCGUACAGCAGAGACGAUACCGACGUGCUAAACCCUGCCUCUCUCAACCGGAGCCGGUCGCCGCGCAGCAUGGGCGAGCGGAUGUCGCAGAUAUCGGGCUUUAAGCGGCCACUGAUGCACACCAACUCUUUCACCAGCGAUCGUUUGCCAAUGUACGGCGUGGACACGCCCCACGAGAGCCAGCUGGGACAGGUUCUCAACAUUGUGGACACGUGGGGCAUCGAUAUCUUCAAAAUCGAAACUCUAAGCAACAAUCGACCGCUGACCUGUAUAGCUUUUGCUAUCUUUCAGGACAGGGACAUCUUGAACACUCUUAUGAUACCAUCCAAAGUUUUUCUAGCGUUUAUGACAACCUUAGAGGAUCAUUAUGUUAAGGACAACCCAUUUCACAACUCUCUGCACGCGGCGGAUGUGGCCCAGAGCACGCACGUUCUGCUGAACACGCCGGCCCUGGAGAAUGUUUUUACUCCGCUAGAGAUCUGCGCAGCGCUGUUUGCUGCUUGUAUCCACGAUGUUGAUCAUCCUGGUUUAACCAAUCAGUUUUUAAUUAAUUCGAGUUCAGAACUAGCAAUUAUGUACAAUGACGAAUCCGUACUAGAAAAUCAUCAUUUAGCAGUUGCAUUUAAACUCUUGCAAAAUGAGGAGUGCGACAUACUACGCAAUGUACAGAAAAAGCAGCGUCAAACAUUUCGAAAGAUGGUUAUUGAUAUGGUGCUAUCAACGGACAUGUCAAAGCAUAUGACCCUACUGGCUGAUCUGAAAACGAUGGUCGAAACUAAGAAAGUCGCCGGCUCUGGAGUGCUGCUGCUGGAUAACUACACCGAUAGGAUACAGGUUUUGGAGAACUUGGUACACUGCGCCGAUCUGAGCAAUCCCACCAAACCGUUACCGUUGUACAAAAAAUGGGUCUCACUGCUGAUGGAGGAGUUUUUCCAGCAGGGCGACAAGGAGCGGGCAGCCGGCAUGGACAUCAGUCCGAUGUGCGACCGCCACAAUGCGACAAUCGAGAAAUCGCAGGUCGGCUUUAUCGAUUACAUUGUGCACCCGCUGUGGGAAACCUGGGGAGACCUGGUGCAUCCGGACGCCCAGGACAUCCUGGACACGCUGGAGGAGAACCGCGACUACUACCAGAGCUUAAUACCGCCGUCACCGCCCGCGCUCGACGACCCCGAGGAAAAGAUUCGCUUCCAGAUGACGUUAGAGGAGGAAAGCGCUUCAGAGAACGACGAGCCGAAUCGCGAAGAGAAAUCCUAAAGGAUAAACUCGCAUUCACGCAUUCAAGCCCACUUCCCAUAAAUUAUAAAAAAAAUACAAAGAAAUCAUAAAAUCAACUCCCAUUCGCACAUACACAAGCAUGAGCGCAAACGCUACAACAGAAGCAAGCAAAUUAAUCAUAUACUCAUUCGUAACUUAGCAACAACAAAAGAAAAAAAGGAAGAAACAAUUGUUUGUUUGAUACAGUGUUCGCCGGUGCCGGAAAUCGCAAUAGCAAAGCAAAUGAACGGGCCUUUUAGUAAGAGGGUAAAAAAAGAAAGGGAGAGGACAUACAUUCAUAUUUCACACACCCACAAACACACACACACACAUACAAACAAACAAAAACACACACACCCACACGCGUACGGGCAGGCUCCCUGCGUUUAAUAUUAUACAUAAAGAGAGAAUUUGUAAUUUGUUAAUAAUUUAUUAGUUGAGCAACUUUUGUGAAGGAGCAGAUUUGUACGAUGAGUUACAAUAAGUUUUUUAUAUAUUCUGAGCUGUAUAUGUUGAAGUUGAAGAAAUGAAAAAAAGAAAUACCUACACACCACACGAAUAGCAAAGUUGUAUCCAAACCAAAAACAUAAUUUUAAAUUGUAGUUUGUAAGCUGGGUAAACGAUCUGCAGGAGUUUGAACCAAAAAAAAAGAGAAAACAUCGGAUCGCCCAAAUGUUUAGAAGAAAUUUUUAUUUUUGUUACACCUUGUUGUUCCAAAUUCGAACUAAAUCGUUGUGUAAAAAAAUCCUGAUACCACGUGGCAUGUUUUCGGCAUUAUUUCCCGGAUAUAUUUGUACCCACACUCGCACACGCUGUGUAUUCAAAGAGACAGCAUCCUUGAGGCGAGAGCACACGCGCGGUGACAGAGAAAGCGGAAAUCGUACUGAAGCAUACGUUGCUCGAACAAUGGGGAAAGAAAAUGUGAGGAAGCACGAAGGCUACACACCUGAUAUUAUAUAGUAAAAAACCCGGACGAGGGAGGAAACUUACAACAAAACAAACAAAAAAAACUAUUCUAGCGCAUAAGUAGUUAUUAAAUAGAAGCAAUAUCAGAGCGAAGAAAAUUAACAAAAGAAAACAAAAUACGAAAGAAGUCUAAAGAGUUCAAGGAACGAGAUCUCUCGCGAGCAAGGUGCAACCCCCGCGCUGAUGUUCAGUUAAGUCAUUCGAAUCUGCGUGCUGUUUUGUCUCAGUUUCAUCUUGCAAGCUAACGCAAAACAAAGAGAAACCCUGACCCGACCCACCCCAAAAAAACAAAUUUUGGCAGUUUAGCACACACUCUGACACAUGCAUAGAUAGAGCGGUGAUACAAGUUUGGAUAAGAAAACAAAAAGUUAAAUUAAGGAAAAACAAGCUUUGAUUGUAUUAAAAUAUUCCGUAAAUAUUAGAAUUGCAAAAAGUGAUUUUAUUUCAAAUGAUAUUGAUGAACUGUAUUCUACGGUCAGCUCCUUACUGGAACGGCGAAAUUUUUAUACAAAUCCCCCUUAUCCUCGUGCUUGGGAGUUAAGGUGUUAAAGCCUAUAAGAGCAAUGUCGUACUGGCAGUGUUUUAAAUGAGUGAUAGAAAAAAACUAUCAUUUGAUGAUUCCUGCGCCAAAAUAUCAGAGGGUAUAGUGACCGUACCUAUAGCUUGCAAAUUCUCUUUUUUUUUUGCCAGAGAGCAUUCUCUUUCUAUCAAUCCUUCUCUUUUCCUCGUACACGCUGUUGUUUUCUCAGAAAACCGAAAUGAAAGAACGUGAGGGUUUGGGAACCAACGCGAGGGAUUGGGAACAAACGCGAGGGAUUGGGAACCAACGCGAGGGAUUGGGAACCAAAACUGCGUUGGAAAAAUAGGAAAUCAAACGUCAAAAUUACCCCCCACUAGAGGGCGCUGAAACUUGGGGUGAUGUUUUCAUUAUGAUCUACAGCGAGUAAUUUGGUUUGAAGUUUGAAAUUGUUUUAUUUCAUCAUAAAAUCGACAUUUAUAGCAAAUUAUACCAUUUUCAGGUAAGAAAUAAAUAGCUUAAUUGAUAUAAACAAAAAUAUUUUUGUGAUGGCCGAUUUAGACUGUUCAUUAUCUGAUUCAAAAAAAGGGAAUGUUUUAAUCAACCAAAACCUAACUAAUCAAUUGAGAAUGUAGAUUAUUCAAGUGGACAAACAUUUCUUAAAGUCACUUCUACCAUAAAAGCAAAGCUCUGCUUGAAAAUGGUAUUUGGAAUGAUUUUCAAAAUUAACAAUCUAACCUCAUUCUCGCGUGUUCAAUCCGGAUCUCAGAAUUUUCAAUGAAAAAGGCAACUUAGCAAAAAAAAGUCAAUCGAUAGAACUUUUUAUUUCUUACCUCCUGUCAACUUUAUUUUACUCCAAAAGAUGAAUUUUCUUUUAAAAAACCUUAAAAUAGUUUUUACUUUUACAAGGUUACGUUUACGUUUUUGCGCGAUAAGUGCAAAGGCGAGUGAAAACUAUUUUAAUGUUUUUAAAAAGAAAAUUGAUCUUUUGGAAUAAAAUAAAGUUAACAGGUGGUAAGAAAUAAAAAGUUCUAUCGAUUGACUUUUUGAUUUUUUUGCUAAGUUGCCUUUUUCAUUGAAAAUUCUGAGAUCCGGAUUGAAAACGCGAGAAUGAGGUUAGAUUGCAAAUUUUGAAAAUCAUUCCAAUUACCAUUUUUCAAGCAGAGCUUUGCUUUUAUGAUAGAAGUGACUUUAAAAAAUAUUUGUUCACUUGAAUAAUCUACAUUCUCAAUUGAUUAGUUAGGUUUUGGUUGAUUCAAACAUUCCCUUAUUUUGAAUCAGAUAAUGAACAGGUUAAAUCGGCCAUCACAAAAAUAUUGUCGUUUAUAUCAAUUAAGCUAUUUAUUUCUCACCUAAAAAUGGUAUAAUUUGCUAUAAAUGUCGAUUUUAUGAUGAAAUAAAACAAUUUCAAAUUUAAAACCAACUUACUCGCUAUAGGUUAUAAUGAAAACAUCACCCCAAGUUUCAGCGCCCUCUAGUGGGGGGUAAUUAUGACGUUUGAUUGCCUAUUGAUUUUGUGGUGGCUUUUGUGGCUACGCUCUGUUGCGGGGGAGUGAGAGAGAAAAAAAAAUGUCACACGGAAUUGUGUAAACUAGAGGUGGGCAAAAAAAGAGCGAGCCGCUCAAAGAGCCGGUUCACUGAAAAGAGCAAACGAACCGUGGCUCACAAAAAAAGAACCGUGGUUCUUUUUUAAAUUCCGGUCUUUUGAAAGAACCGUUCAAGAUGGCAUGAUUUAUUAUAUAAAUAUAGUUUAUUGAAUUUAAAAAAAAAUGUUUUAUUAAAUUUGUUUUUGAGAAUUGAAAAUGCAAUGCAAUAUUUCAAUGCUUAUAAAAAUUAAUACCAAAAGUAAAUGAUUUGUUGAAAUGUUACCAAAAAUCUGCUGAAUAGUUUAGAGAUUUUGAAAAAAAAUAAAUCCUUUUGUCCGAUUAAACUUUAGCGUUUAUAGACUUUAUCGAUUGAAUCAGAAUGUAGGAAAAGUUUACAGAAUAUUUACUCGAGAUAAAAUAUCAGCAUUAUUUCAAUGCAUGCAGGAAUAAAUACAAUUUUAAAAUUAAUAGCAAUUUUCAGGCAUCCUAGAUUUAAGUUUGGAUGCCAUUCUAUUACUCGAAUGUUUAGGUUCGAGUAGAAAUCUUGACAUAGAGACCACCAAGACCUAUGGUUUUCAAGGG